AUGAAGAAAAAAGGAAAGGACCAACAUGAUAGUGGAUGGCUCUCAUAUCUCUCUUGUUUCUCUGGAGGAGUAUUCAUGGCAACUUGCUUUUUAGAUGUUAUUCCCCACGUUACUCAAAAUUAUGAUUCUAUGGUGAAUAAUUAUGAUCUACAUUACCCCGUACCAUUAUUCCAAGUCUUCAUUUGUUGCGGAUUCUUUGUUGUAUAUUUCAUCGAGGAAAUUACCGCUAUGGUAUUCGGCUCCGAAGGACAUUCCCAUGGUCAUUCUCAUGGACCUCCAAAACCAAUGACUGUAGAUAUCAAAAAAGAAAAUGUGACAAGACAAGUACUUCUGGAGGACGGGUCACCUGGGGCACUAACAAUUCCAACUGAUAGCAGAAUGAAGAAUCGACACAGCCUCGUCGUGGAAGAAGCCUCUCCAUGGGUGGUUUCAGAUGAGAAGAGUAAUCUUCUCAAAUCUCUUACAUUUGCCAUCGCAAUGUCAUUCCAUUCUCUUCUGGAAGGAUUCGCUCUGGGAGUUCAAGACAGUGAUACAGCUAUUUGGACUCUUUUCUUCUCCUUACUUCUUCACAAAUCGAUCGAAGCAUUCUCUGUUGGUCUUCAGAUUUCUAGAUCAAAUAGCGAUAAGAAGAAAAUUGUGAUUUUCACUAUUUUGAUCUACGCUCUGAUGACACCACUUGGAACAGUCCUCGGAACUCUUCUCCAGAACACUGGAGGAGCAUCAUUCGGAAAAGAUUUCCUCAUUGUCUUCUUAGAGUCAAUGGCCGCUGGAACAUUCAUUUAUGUCACUUUCCUUGAAGUCCUCGCAGCUGAAAAGGGAAAUCGUUUCAAUUCUUUGAAACAACUUGCAUCAAUCGUUGGUGGAUUCGUUGUCAUCUUCCUUCUUCAAAUCGCAUUCGGACAUGAAGCUCACGGUCAUUCUCACCCAGUCCCAGCCGGCUCUCCAGAUCCAUCCGUCAUCCCACCACUCCCGUUUUCUCCGUCAAUUUCCCCUAACUAA